AUGGAAAUUACAUGGCGUAGCACAGGGAAGGCUUCCUGUUCUGACGGAACUCGCGCGGCGGCAGCUCAGACAGCUGAAUCAAACUCCAAUGUUUCUGCAAUACAGCCUAGCCAGACUUUGGAACCCAUAAGUGUUGGGACUAGAAAUGCAGCUUCUGCUGAGCCUGAUGUAUUUUCAUCUGCAUCUCACCUUUCUCGAGCAACUCAGGCUGAAUCAGACUCCAAUGCUCCCGUGAUCCAGCCCACUCAACCCAUUGAUUCUGGGCCUCUAACUAAAUCUUCUGUUGAACCUGAUGCGUUAUCUUUCUCAUCUCUGUCUCACUCUCCUCAAGCAACUCAGGCUGAAUCAGACUCCAAUGCCCCUGUAAUCCACUCCACCCAGACUUCAGAACCCAUUGAGUCUGGGCUUCCAAAUAAACCUUCUAUUGAACCUGAUGCCUUUAUUUCCAAGUUAUUGGAGAAUUUAAAAUUGUUACUACCUAAAUAUUUGCAAUUAGAAGUUCUGGAUAAUAGUCUCCUGCGGAUAGUGAAACUCAACACCUCAAGGAAUGCGGUAGUCCAAAGCUGUGUUUACUAUGACCACAAAAAUCAAUCUGUAGGUCUGUUUGUAAACGGGAUGCCUAUUCCAAAUGAGAACAAAGUUUUUGAUUGUAAGACAGCUCCAGACGCAACAAACAUUGGAAGUCUGUCAGAUUAUUUAUGUGAGCUGGUGACUAGGGUUGGACAAUUUAAAGUCUGUAAAGGAGUACAUGAUCAUGACGAACUAUGGGAAACAUCAAGGGGAUUUCUGGACUAUAGCUCAUCAGUGGAAGAUCCAUGCUUUAGAAAUGCAGAAUGUCUCUUUCUGAUAUCUUCUGGAAAAAGUGAAAUCUGUUUUGGUUGUCGAGCUCAAGUGCAGAAAUUUAAAAAGGGAAUUAAAAAGAAUGGAGGCAGAAAAAGAAGAUAGCUGAAAGCUUCGAGACAAAGAUUUAAGCAGAGAAGGAUUGAAAGCCAGAAAAGAUAAAUACAGAAAUCUGUAUAUACUUGAAAAAAAAAAGCGUACUAAUAGAUUGCAAAGAAGAGUUGAUUCCCUUCAGAUCAGGCUUGACGAAGUUUUGAAGGAUGAGCUUUCCUCUAUUCUGAGACUCAAUCAGCAUAAAAUGACACCUUUACAAAAAUUGUUUUGGGAGUCUCAACUGAAAAUCCUUUCUCUUGAUGAUAAAAGGGGAAUGCGGUGGCAUCCUAUGCUAACUUGCUUGGCCCUUCAUUUACAUUCCCUCUCCAGUACAGCCUAUGAAUUUAUCAACGAAUGCCAAUUUAUUACUUUGACUUCCAGUCGACGAUUAUAUGAUUACUCGCGCUGCUCGCUGGGGGCUCCGCCCCCAGACCCCCGCAUGUGUGGGGCGCGUACCGAAGUAUUUUUAGUAAGUCCGUGGUGACCAAAGGGAAAUUUUCUAAUGAAGUAACUGUACUGCUUUUUGGAAGGGUCUAUUUAACUGCUUUUGACCAUUAAUUUUUAAGGUACUAUUACUGCCCAAUUAGAUAGCUUGUAUUGUAUAGGCUACUGUGGCAGUGAACGGCAUUCAAGGUCCGGAAAAUAUUGAAGACUGCUUUGACAAGAAUAAGAUCUGUAUUCAUUGUGGUCAAUGUGACCGAAGGCCAAACUAAUGGGCCUCUUUUGCGUCUGUCAUUUCUGAUUUCUCCGGCAAUAUAUUACAUGGCUUUUACUGCUCGGAAACGGUUGUAUUUUGUUCAAUUUAGGCCUAUUUCAUCGUUUUGAGGAUGUUGCCGGUGACGGGAACCCGAUUGCGGCACAGUUUCGGAAAUGUCACGACCAGACCUACCGAUG